UGAGUUCUGAUUCAGUCUGCGAGUCAAAUCAAGAUCAACAUUAAGGCUGUAAGUAUGGCAGAGGAUGAGGUGAGCUAUGCUUCAGUGGCCAUCAAAAGUAAGAAGCAGCACCAAUCACAAGGUAAAAAUGAGGAAGAGACUGUAUAUGACGAAGUUAAGGUGAAUAAAGAGGUUAAAGCAGUGGAUGAUGCUGAAGUGGAGAACCAGAAUGAAAGUGUUCAGCAAACUCUUGACACAAAGGGACUUCUGCCAGACAAGGCGGCAGAAAGAUGUCGCCGCUAUCAGCAGCUGUGUUGCUGCUUUGGGAUUCUGUGUGUCAUUUUGGUGCUGAGUGUCAUUGGAGUCUGUGUUUAUUUUACAACAGUUCGUGAGAGCACUCCAAAUGAGCUGAUCCAGCUGAUGUCAACCCAAAAGGAAAAAAUCCAAAACCUGACUGACCUCAACAACAAACUCAGUUCAGACAAUGCCAGCCUGACUUCGGUUUCCAUGGCCUUAAAAAUCAACAUCACCACACUGACAGCAGAGAAGCACAACCUGACGUCGCUUAAUGAGGAGCUGAUGAAACAAAAAAAAACCCUCACAGAAAUAAUAAAAAACAUGAAGGAAACCUGGAAUGAGCUCAAUGUCAGUCGAGCUCAGUGGAGCAUUGAUGAGUACUGUCCUAAAAAAAAUGGGAGAAGUUGCACUUCUUGCCAAGAUGGCUGGAAAUACCAACUUUCCAGCUGUUAUGCUUAUAAUGAUGCUAAACGUUCUGAUCAACGAAACUGGGAAGGUGCACGAGAAGACUGCAGAAUCAAAAAAUCAGAUCUCACGGUUGUGUAUGAUCAGACUGAAAAGGAUUAUGUCAAUACAAUCAGUCCUGAUUCAGGUGGCAUUAAAGGAUACUGGAUUGGUCUCAGAGCUGUAGAGGGGAAAUGGAAAUGGACCGAUGGAAGUAAUCUGACCAAUCAAACCUGGAUACAACAGCCUGCCACUGAUGGUUACUGUGUAACUUCUCUUAAAGACCAAGGUUGGAAAACGGUGAACUGUAAUGAAACAAAUGCAUGGAUCUGUGAGAAGAAGGCUUUAUCUGUUUAAAACAUCAAGGAUCCAGAUUGAGAGAAGUUAUCUGGAAAGCCCUACAUUCAAAUAAGUUCAAAGUGGACAAAGUUUGUAAUUGAAAGGUUUGGUGUUUUUGCAACAAAAUCAAAACUUAAGGUUUAUGUCUGCUUCUCAUAUUUAUUAUUUACGUAUGUAGACAUUUAAAAUGAUAGCCUGAUUAGAAAGUUUAAGUGGAACACAUUAACUGUUUAUAUGAAAAAGUUUGGAGUUCUUUACUUCUAAAGAUUAGUAAGAUGCAUAACAAAAACAUAACAGACAGCAUGACUCAGUUUUAUGUUUCCUUAAAUUUUCAUUAAUUAUAGUUUUUGAAGGGAUUUUAUAUUACUCUAAGGGAAGCCUAUUUUGUGGUUAACUUUCUUGGAUCUACAUAUUUAGAUGCAGUUGCUUGUUCAAAGAGAUCAUACAGAAUACAAUGUCACUUUGCUCAUUAAAAUCUGUUAAGCCUUA